UGCCAUUGAGAACUCUUAAAAAUACGUAAAUAUUGUAAAAUAGUAGUUGUAAUAUCUGUUGUUAGUUUAUAACAGUGUUGUUUUAAUUGAUACUGUAGAUUUAAUUUUCUUGUGUGUAAGGUCAGUACAACUUAUCACAACGGCAUUGGGUUUUAAAAUAGUUAUGGAUACAUAUUACCAGCUGUGGCUUAGUGUCCAAAAUACAGGUGACAGAUGCACGAAGAAGGUGGGCGCUUUAUGCAACGGCAUUAGGGAUAUAAUUGUUAAAACGGAAAUGAGAGUGCUCUGUGGGGGUAUAAAGCACGCCUAUAUUGUUGGUCGUAAAUACACAUCUGGACGUUUGGUUUCAGAUGGGAUUGCCAAUAAGUAAAAAGCAAUAUAUUAUAUUUGGCAUUUGAAAGUGGCAUAUACCUUUGUUGGAUAGAUACUGUAAGUAAGUGAAUAUUAUGUUUAUCCAAUCAAUACCGGUAUUGACGCCAAUUAUAUAUUAUAUUUUAAGUGCAACAACAGUGUAUGGUGUGAUUUAUUAGUGAAUAUUUCCUUAUCACAUGAGUGUAAAACGCCGAUAACAACACGAACUGCGAAAUAAACACCCAUGCGACUCUUUCUGCAACACUUGAAUAUGAGAAUCGCCUAGCCUCUUCAGAGUGCAAAUUUUAGUCAAAAAGUCGUCUGUUCUAAUAUCCAACAUGCGAGGAUUUACCAGAACACGAUUUAGUGUCAGUAAUGCAAUUAUUAAAGACCUAAGUCGGUGACCGUACUACGUGAACAACGAUUGCGCGGCAUCCCAGUAACUAUCUCUCACCACCGCCAGUGACUUUUACGUGACAUAGGCACGAAGAGGGCAGAUGUUGUCUGCGUGGAAUCUGGAGUAAAAUAGCUGAACACAUAUUUACGCUGCUCUGUGAAGCUCUAACGCUCCUGUUUCCAUCGUUCAUGGUACUAUCUACCCUCCGGUCGAUAGGUGCAAUCCUUUCAGACUGGAGUGACAUGAGUAAACAAGAAAUACUAUCAGUGCAACGUUUGAAAGUGACAUUGACUCCGUGGAUAUAGUGUGGGCAUAAGUGUAUGCAUAUGUUAUUAAACAAAACAAGGUAUCGACGCAAGUUGUAUAUUACGUUUGAAGUUAAACUGUAAUGUAUGUGAUUUAUAUGUUGACGAAUAUUCUCAAACCAUUACAUAUAACCGAAACCUUUUCGCCUCUACGAACUGAGAAAGUGACUUUUUACGAUAACAUUUGAUUUAGGGCAAAACCUAUAUCAUGUUCCACAUCAGUGCGCACAGAAGUAGUUCAAUGAAGCAGAUUUCGCAAAUGGCCCCAGGUAGUGAUUUACUAUGACAGCGGAUAGUUUCCUUUUGGCUGCAUGUGAUGACUUUAGUAGGUGACCAUACUAUGCGGACAGGAUUUUCACGCCAUUCUUUCAACUAUGUCUCACUGACCACCGCCUGCGUCUAUUUACUUGUCAUGGCUUUGUCAUCAGUAUGUGAAGCGUGUGGAUCUUAUAUAGAAAUAGCGGGAGGGGGAAGUGUGACCAUCUCGCCUGGUUCCCAGUACAAACCCAACGUUAACUGCAUUUGGUGGCUAGAGACAGACGCCAAACACUUCCUGUCCGCUGCCAUCAAUUAUACCGCAGACCAGGCGGAAGGAUGUAGGGACUAUUUCAUUUUAUCAGAAGGAAAAGACGGCGCUGAUGUGCUCGAUGACUGGAGUCAGAACUGCACGGACGAAACCAACUACAUUCGCGAUGCAAAAGCUCAGUGGCUGCGGAUACAGUUCAAGGCCGAUGGUAACAGCACGACUGCAGGGACUUUCACAGCAGAAAUUUCUUCCAUAGCGAACGAUUCCAUAGACUCAACUUUAAUAUCGCCAAUACGAUCCUGCCGUUCUUUCGAGUGGAAAUGCCCCAACAAGGUGUGCAUGACGCUGUCCUACCGGUGCGACGACUACGACGACUGCGGUUGCGAUGAAGACGGAUGUGACGAGGAUGGGUGCUCCGGCCUCCCGUUAGGCAAAUACACAAUCAUGUUAGUAGGCGGGCUGGUAGGCUUAGGAGUCUUCGUGGGUUUCGCCAUCUUUUCCUCUUGUUACGAGGCGUAUUUGCGGCGAAAGGCGUUCAUGGCCGACCCAGAGGCACAGGCGGAACUGCAAAGGAAAAAGGCGGAAAAAAAGAAACGAGAGGCGUAUAAAAAAGCGGCAAAGGAGAGAAAAGCAAGAGGCUAGAUAGACUAAUAUGUGAACGUUACUACCAUCCAUCAAUAUCAAUUAAUUUCACAGUGGAUACGUUAUUUCCUUUGCACGAGUAAUUCCCCGCCCAGUGUUGUUUACAGUGUUUGCAUUUCGGAAUACACAUUUAUGCUGUGCCAUGGGCUACCGUUAGCUGUUUACCUUGGUGGAAAAAGAGAUUAAUUCAAGAUUGAGCGUUGUAAGACAAUAAAGAAAUAGUUAUACGAACACUACACAUUGUGCCUAAGAUUCAUGCAGUAUAUUGGUAUGGGACGGAUACUCUAGCCGAGACACGUACGACAGUUCUGACGCGGAAACGUGCAUACAACCAACACGGCGUUGGUUAAAGUCUGCUAUUCAAAUGUUUUUCGAGUUGAGUGUGUCAUGCAUGCGGACUUAUAUACUCAUUUGAACCGACUUCAAUAACCGAAGAAAUGUGCGGGGUUUUUUUUCACGACGAAAGGAUAUUAAAACGUGUGGUAAUGACGUUUGAAGGACAACACAUUUACAAACAAGGCAUCAGGCAGGGCAAUGGCAUCAAGAACUGACCUGGCAUGAAGUAUUUAAAGUUGUCAUCGUUUUUCAGAACCGUCGACUAAUCACGUGAGAACUCCGUGUGGUAAUGACUUUUAAAGGACAACACAGAUACAAACAAGGCAUAAGGCAGGACACUUUGAUCAAGUACUGGCAUGGCAUGAAGUAUUUAAAGUUGUUAUAUUUUUUCAGAACCGUCGACUAACCACGUGAGAACUCAGUGUGCAUAUGGCUUCACAUUAGGACAGUUCCGUGUUCGCAAAUUCAUAGAAUCAUUCUACAGUGCUUGAUUCGCAACAAAGUCCGACCAUUAUAUCGGUACAAAUGAUCACCAACUUUUAUUCUUGACUAAGAAGCAUUUCGACGGUUUUUAUUAUUAUUUUUGUAUGAAAUACAAGAUUAUCGGCUUUAAAUUAUUUUCAGAACACAGUGGUUUUACGAUGGCACGUGAGAUGUUUGCGUUUUUUUAUUUACGUCGUUAACAAGACUUAGAAACUCUUUGUCAUUACUUAAACAGAAGGGCGGAAAAUGAACCUUUUAAACACAUGUCUAUAUUUAGCAAUACUUCAGUUUAGGUGCCUAUUGAAAGUAAGUUACAUAUAUGUUUUUAUCUGCACGUUGGUAAUUAAAAAGCGUCCUUAAAUAUCGCAUUAUGAGAGUUUUGGUUAAUUUUUUAUUCUGUGAAAAUACCGAAAAUACAAUUAUCCCUUCCGUGAGGCCUAUCCAUAUUUGAACUGCGCCGAGAAAAGACAUAUUUAUCGUGGAUUAUUGAUUAAAAGUUAAUCACAAAAUGAAUUGAUAUCUGAUCAAAUUUUACCAUUAACUGUCCUCCA